GAAGGCAACACUAGCCCUAGCAACCACUGUAGAGGUUCAGUGUACCUUAGCAACCAUGGAGGAUGAGUCUUCUUUGGUGGAAGAAAAGGGAAAAGAGGUCACACAAGAACAAAAAGAGCUUCUCUACAAGCAAGUCCAGGAACUUAGAUGCUCCAAUGCAGUACUCCUGGCAGAGAUCGACAUGUUUGAGCGUUUCAUCGGACGCAUGGACCCUCAGGACUUGGUGACCCAGGCUGGGGGAGACGGUCUGUAUCAGGCAGGAGCCCACCAGCUGGAGAGUGGGGUUUGUGGGAGGAGGCGGAGAUCCAACAUAUCAGAUCGCCUCCAGGAGCUGACCUUGGGACAAAAACUUUGUUUGGCACAGAGAGAAGUAGCAGAGACACGACAGGACCAGGAUGAACUCAAACAAAGAUAUGAGAGAAUUCAGGACAACUACAAGGCCUCCCUGCAAGAAGCAGAAUUUCGUCUUGCAGAAAUCAGAAAGGCUAAAAACGAGUUUGAACGAAGAUUUCUCAAACCUAUGAAGGACAAUAGGUUGGACAUGAAGGAGCCAGAGAAGUUGCUCCAGUACAUCAAAGACAAGUCAAUGGCCACCAAAUUGGAGAAUUAUAAUCUGAAAAACCAGGCACUGAAGGCCCACAUGAAGAAGCUCCAGCAGCAGCUUCACCAGAAAAAAGAGAUGGGAAAAGCAGAGCACGAGGAUAUUUUCCAGGAGUACAGCGAGCAGAGAAUUGACAAAAACCUGGAGGAACUUCAAGUCCACAAUUUGAAAGUUCAACGUGUCCUCAGUUCACAGAAGGAGAAGCUGCAGUGUGUGACGCAAGAGUCCAAGGAGCUGAGCAACGAAAUCUCCAACAGGAAGCAGAUGCUGGCAAAAAUCGAGGAGGAGAUACAGCGUGCUGAGGAGGAGCAUUUAAAGGCAGAGGCCCUCAACCAACAUCUGCGCCGUCAAAUUACAAAUUAUCAGGCUCCUGAUGUUACUGAGUACAUGUGUGCCAAGGACAAACACAAGAAGCUGCAGCAGAGCAUUCACAUUUGGGAGCGGAAGGUCGGGAUCACUGCGAUGGCCUUGAAGACCCACACUAAAGUCUGGAGCACACAUAGAGCCACUCUUGCCCCUGCACGCAGAGCUGAGGCUGGAACACGAUCUGGAGAGCAUCAAGUCCCAGUAAAACUCUCCCAUACAUAGCAGACCACAGCAGAUAGAGAGACAGACUCAAAAAGCCUACUGGAUUUAGAAAAAAACAACAACCAAAAACAAUAAUGUGCAGUGGAAAGGAAACUUAAACUACGAUUGCAAAUGCCCAGUUUCACAGUCAGUGCUGUUACACGCACAUGAACAACCUGUUUCUGAGGCUUACCACAGUUAUGAUAUGUUCUCAGAUACGUUUACAUGAGCACAGACAAAUCAUGUUAUUCAUAUUCUGCAUAUACAUGCCAGUUCUUUCAGAUCACACCAGAUAGCAUAUUUGUGUUUCCCAUAAAUGGAAUCUAGUGUUCACCUGCUCAAAUACAUAAACAAGAUACUCCAAAAACCCAAUCAUGAACAGUUUAUUCAUGUCCAUGUUAGAUACAUCCAACAAGUAAUGAUUUUUCACAAAUCGAUACGAUACUUUGUAACGCUUGUUGAGAAAUGUAGAGAGAAAACAGUGUACUGUAGCCUUGAAGCUUGAAUUCUUAUCAUGUCUCAGUUUUUUUUUCACUCAUUCACUGUGUCCUUGGGAGAUUUUUACCAUGCAGCAUUAUGAAGAAUAAAAUUUAUAGUAAAUGUUAAGCCUAGCUCCAUCCAGCCCUGU